GGGGAGAGUCAACAUCUCACACCGUAAAGCAGUGGCUGGGCGAAUACAACUCUCUCAUCUCUCGCCCACGUUGUCAGAGUCCGCACUCUUUAAAUAGCAUGGCCCAAAUUUCAGUCGCGGCAAUGGCCGGGCCUUUUCAAGCUCAGUCGCUCCUGCCUUUCUGUCCAACCCGUACUCCAUCCGUACCUUCCUCAACAACCGAGGGAGGCCGAAGCUGCUGCAAGCUCGUCUGAACCAACUUCCCUCUCGCUCUCUCACACAGCGUGCCCUGGACCAGCCUUCGCUCCUUUGCCUUAGUUGUCGCCAAUUUUUUCUUAUUGCUUUUCUGUAUGAAAUUUGUAACGCCUGCUGCAGUCGGCUGCCAUCCUUCAUCAUGAGACUCCGACUCCAGCCCUCGACCAUUGGUUUGCUUUCGUGUGUAGCUUUGGCUGCAGCUCAAACAUACACGGACUGCAACCCAAUGGAGCAAAGUUGUCCUCCAGAUGCCGCACUCGGAACCUCGAUGAGCCACGAUUUCACAACAGGCGCUUCAGACGAUUUCACGCCUGUCGGUUCACCCACGUUCGGAAGCGAGGGAGCCGUUUUCACCGUUUCUAAAAAAGGGGACUCUCCGCUGAUACAGUCGAACUGGUACAUCAUGUUCGGACAUGUCGAGUUUGUGAUCAAAGCUGCGCCGGGAACGGGAAUUGUCAGCAGUGCAGUCUUGCAGUCGGAUAACCUGGACGAGAUUGACUGGGAGUGGCUUGGAGGCAACAACAAUGUUGUCCAGACGAACUAUUUCGGAAAGGGAAACACUGGCACCUUCAACCGUGCGGCUACGCAUGACAAUCCAGGGAACCACGAUGAUUUUCACACUUAUACGAUCGAGUGGACAAGCUCGCAUAUUGUCUGGCAAAUCGACGGCACAACCGUUCGUGUACUGACGCCGGAGAGCGCGGAAGAGAACCAGUACCCUCAAACACCAAUGAUGGUCAAGGUUGGCGCCUGGGCUGGCGGAGAUCCCGACAAUAACCAAGGCACAAUUGAUUGGGCUGGCGGCCCGACCGACUACAGUGCUGGCCCCUUCAGCAUGUAUCUCAAGUCUAUCCAGGUCACCGACUAUUCCACUGGUACCGCUUAUUCCUUCGGUGAUAGAAGUGGGACGUGGCAGUCGAUCGUGGCUGAGGGAGGCGAGGUCAAUGGCAACGGUGCCGCCGAAUCUAUGACUUCAGUCGGCUCUGCUCCCUCCAUUACGGCAACGGCUGAUAGUGGACCCAUUCCGUUUGAGGGAACACACAGGGACCCAGAAACUUUCACCACACCCGAUAUCUAUCCGUGGGUCCCAAGGCCGACCUCUGAUGAUGGCUCCGAUGAUCCAUCAACAGAACUACCAGGUGGUUGGAAUUGGGCCGGUAGUCCAAACGUUCAGCCACCUAGCCGAUCCUCUAUGAGUGAGCAUUGCCUCCGUUCCCGUGUUGUACCCUCGUCGGAAUUUUUGCUAAAGCGAUGCGUUUCUCCGAACCAGUAUAUGCUCCCGUCUACGUAUGCGUCGCAUCACUCUUCUUCGGAUUCAUCCUUCCUCUCCGACCCUGAAAUGAUGCUCCGGAACCACCGAACGGUAUAUCCCCCAAGCGAGUUGCACCCGCACGCCCUCACGGCGUCCGAAGAAUUUGAGGAUGAAUAUCGCUCCCUGGAGCAAUACAACGCGGCCGCUAAUACCGCAAGUCGCGUGUUUCACGUCCCACUGAUCUUCGGCGCAUUCUGUGCGCUUCUCGGCAGCUUCGUGACUUGUGCUUAAGCCGAAUGCUCGGACAAGUGUCUCUCUGGAACGCAAGGCAUGCAGUCAUACGCAGCCACGACUUCUAUGAAACUAUCUGCGACGAACACUCACACUCACGAAGGCAUGAACUCUCCCGGCGUUGGCUUGUCAUAUAGAUCGUCUUCGCAUUUAACCUCAUGUCCAUAUUCCCUCAUGUUCCUAUUUCUUCUCGUUCACGCUUGGUGUUAAUCAGUCAUGGUGUUCUGUUUGGUCGAGCACCUGACAUCAGGCGCGGACAGCCCUUUAUCCUCUGUACUUAUAUCCGAAUUCCUGUCGAGUGUAUCUAUAGAUCCUACCUAAUCAUCGUGUCACCUCAGCAGAGCAGCGGAGCCUGAGUUGUGCUGCCGGGUCUUCGGUCCGUUCACCUAUUGAUAUUCGCUAGGAAUAUUGGUACUCAAUCAACCAUCGUUAAUCCGACUCCAUCUCCUAUUCAUACAUAGCUUCUAAUAUCUGGCCAUUAUCGAUGGUUCAAGGAAUCCAACAAUA